AUGCCAACAGAAAGUGUGGGUAGGAAUUACGAGCGGAAUCGUGAGAAUCGGGCCAGGAGACGACGCUUUAAGGGAUCCAAUGUGGAGUCGGUUCAUGAGGGCCUUGCCAAGACUCCUGCCGGUCUACGACGCUCACGGAUCGAUAUGCCCACUCGAAGUGCUAAAAGUAUCAACAAUCUGACCCAGCUUGAUAAGGAGAGCGGUGGAAAUCAGGGUAAUAAUGCUGGUGCCGGUGGGGGUGGUGGCUUAAUGCCCAUUUCACGAAUCAUCAAGUGGUACAGGAAUAUCUCGGCAACUCGAGAAUCAGCCCCACCAAUUACUUCGGGGAAAGUAGUAACUCUGGAUCAAAACCCGUCACCUCCACCGCAUCAACGAGCCAGCUAUGCGGGAAGAAAACAAGGGUAUACGGGCCCCUUAGGCCUGGGAGAAUAUGUGGAUUCCAUGGGCGGAGGUUUCGACGAAAUAGAUGUGGCAAAUGGAUCCCCUCAGGUGCCGAUAAAAUCCCGCUCACUCAUCGAUAUUUCAAUGUCGAAUUUGUGGGGAGAGGACGAAGAAGGCGACGCAGACGGAGAUGGUGACGGGACAGGGGGAAAUGGGAAUUACGAAGGAGGAAGUUGGGAGAAGGUACGGCGGCCUUCCAUGUCCCGGGAAAGGCGACCCAACCUCCUGACAACCAUAUCACGACUCCUUCCACUGUCUUCGACUCCUUCCAACCUCCUCCAAUUUAUGGACAGUCCCUCAACUUCUGUCAACAUCUACGAGAAUACGGAAAUUACCUUUUUUGGAAGUUUGGAGGAUCGUUGGUCUACGCCGGCUUUUGUGGUGACCACAUGCAGUCGCAUGCAAAGAGGCGACUUAUUCAAUGUCCAUUGCGUCUCCGAUUACCUGGCAGAGCUCAAAGUAACUGCCGAAUGGGUGAAGGGAGUGAAGAGUUCUUGCGAGAGUGAACUUCGAAAAUACAAGGCAGCUAGAAAAGGACGACACUCACGACGCUUGACUACUCAAGGCAACUCGCUGAAAUGUGAAUAUGAGGCCGAAUUGAAGGAACUCCAUGCCGAUUUUACCGCCUUUCUUCAGGCUUGCGAUGCUUUCAUGGCCAUAAUGAAGGAUGAACUUCGUGGCAACCCGGUGAGCGCAAUUUUGAUAGCCGGUCACAACGAGCGAUUGUUUUCACUGAAGAAUCUCCUACCAAUCACAAUGCCUUGUGCCUCAAAUGAGGCACAGAAGACUUCAGCCUACCGUAAAUUCCUUUGUGAAACUCCAGCUACUGCAACUUUUAGCGCCUUAUGCCAAGGUCAGGAGAGUCCCAUGGAGGUCUGCGCCUUCCUCUGUACUGACUGUCUUCUCCUUGCCUCCAAAUGCCGCCUCUUCAAGACUUCUACCGCCAGCAGCACUAGCAACACCAAGUGGAACGCUAGCUCAGGUGGUUUCACCGCCAUCAACAGCCCUCCACCACCCAACUGGACUCCAGGGGUCUUUGAAACUCUUGCCCGUUUCUCUCUCACUUUCCUUGGUGUCACCACUCCUAUUUCUGCUCCCUCUACCACUUCCUCUGCCGGCUGCGAGUUGGUGGGCGGAGGGCCGAUUAUCAAGUUGACACCGCCAGUGCUGUACUCCUCUUCCUCGGGCAUCUCCUCCGCGGCGAGCACGGAGGAGGAGAUGGAGGCGGGGAGUGAGAAUAGCUCCGCGGCGUCGGGUUGUGAGGAGGCGAGGCAGGGACUCAGUCUCUGGUGGCCCCCAGGCAAUCGAUGCCAGCUGGUAUUCAGUGAGGUGCGCUCUUUCAACGAGUGGCGUAACUAUCUCCAGACAUCUAUGGAACAAAUUCAGAGCUGUUUCGCGAAUCAAAUACUUCAAGUCAAAGUGGUGAACGGAAUUGCCCCCGAAAAAUGUGUCCACAAGUACCUUCCUCUGAGUCCCAGCAUCACCACCCGAGAGUUGAAAGAAAGGGCUUUAACGGCGUGGAAUAUUGGUUCCUUCCUCUCGCAAAUGACCCUAGAUCGAUCCAUGGAGAUUCAAAUAUUCGUAGUGCCUGGUGGAUCUAUCUUCAAAGCACUGUUGAAAGAGGCCAUACUCUUAUCGAAGCAGGUCGACGCCGAGGUAGCCGUUUCCUUUGUUGAUCCAAUUCGUGGCAGCUUGGAGCUCCCUCUUUCAGAUGAGGAUAGACCCUUCCUAUUAACGCUGUACGUGAUCACCCUGACCGGUGAAAAGGCAACUGACGAGGUGGUCGAUCUUUUUUCCACUGACCAGACGGACUGCAGCUUCACACCCCGAAACCUCGCCUUUCCUCUUACCCCAGAUCGAAUUCCGGUGAUCUUCACCAUUAGGGACAGCAAUAAUAGUAGCACAAGCAGUAAUGGUGUCGUCUGCUCUUUUCCCAUCUCUAUGGAUCACGACGCAUUCGAACCCCUCGCACACCUGGUGGAUCGCUCGAAAUCGAUCCUUAACCACGAUACAAACCGCACCCAUCGCACUCCCCACCUCCAUGGUCUGUCGCAGAGCUCGCACAAUCUCAGCCCUUCCUCUGGUGCUGCUGGCGGUGGUAGUGGUGGUGGUGGUGUCGGUGCCGGCGGAAAGGGUCGUUCUCGUUCACGUCUGCGUCUUUAUCUAUCUCGAAGCAGUAUGUUCGCCGCGGGAAAUGACAACGAGGAAGAUGAUAAGGACUCAUCUUCCCAACAGUUUGGCAUCUUUGGAAGGCUGCCGAAGGAGGCCUGGCCCGAUUGUCGGGUCUCCAUGUCUGUGAUGAGUCUCUUCGUGGUGAUCUUUUACAAGGGCAGCCUCACGGAGGGCAUCUUCCGUAGGUCGGUUCAGAUAUCGCAUUUGCAGGCACUGGUUCAACGCGUGGAUACCAAUGAGGAUCCCCUCAUGGCAGAGGAGUGCCCGCCCCUCCAUGCCGCCAACAUCCUCAAGAAGUAUUUCAAGGAAAUUCCUGGCCACCUCCUAAUUGACGAGAAGUGGGACGACUGGUGCAAAAUGACUACCCUGAAGACGGACGAGGAGAUUGCAAACUACGCAAAAAAGAUGCUGCGAGAGCUCCCUGACAUCAACCAAUCCCUACUUACUUUCCUCCUCUUCACCCUGGCUCAAAUACGAGUAAACCAGGAGUCCAACAAGAUGUCUGUGGACGCUCUGUCCACGGUGUGGGGUCCAAAUCUCCUCGAGCGUCCGAACGCUGCACCCAGCUUUGAGGACAGCGUAAUGUGCGUCGCCGUGGUGGCCUGCCUCCUUGGCCCCUUCACUGAUGCUUACUGUCUGCGCAGUUCUGAGUUCCGCCAAAAGCUCUCCGUUUUCUUCGACGAGAUCUGGGGCCAAAUGAUGCCACCUGGGGAGACGUCAACAAAGCCUCCACCCGAAGGAAUCAGCAUUCUGGAAUUACCUGAGCAGAAACCUAAGGAAAUCACGUCUUCGAAUGGUGCAUUGGGAAGUCCCAGAUCAGUGGAACCGCUACAGGCUAAGGACAAACGUAAUUCCUGGAUAGUUCGCUCCUCGAGUGCAGAAGAGCCUUCUGAAAUGACCUACGGUCUCAAACGUUACUUCCGAACCCUUAAGAAGGACUCCAAAUUCUCCAACAGCCAAGAAAGCGCUGACCUACCACCCCCCAUCCCCCCGCGCUACCGACACAAGAGCACCUCCAGCAAUUCUUUCGCUCCUAGCCCUGUCUCCCCCGCUGCCUGUACCACUUUUGCUCUGGCCACCUACAGCCCUCCACCUUUGCCGGCGCGCACCUUUGGUCUGCUCGAACAGAUUCCUCACACACAGAAUGAGCAACGCAGAAAGAUGGGUGUUGUGUCGAAGGACACGCUCUCCUCUGGCACUACUGUCGUUGACCGUAGACGCAGCUUCUCACGUCGCCGAAACCCCUCUCGCAGCCCUGUUCGCUCAUGCACCGUCAAUGGCAGCGACCAGAGUCUUCGCCCCUUGAUGAUUGGAGAUAUUUGUGAGGAUUAUGAAGGUCUAAAUCUUAUUCCAAAUGAUGUAGCUAUUGACCAACCGAAAUUAAAGUUGAAGGAAGUUGAAACUACCACUACCCUAAAGCGUUCUACCAGCGAUGUGGAUGUUCAUCCGAUGAACAAGCAGAUGACGGUUCGAAGGAAGUCACAGAAUUUGGAUUCGCCACAGUUCCUGGAGUACGGGACGGAGCCAGGAGGAAUGUGCUUCUUCUGGAACACGGUAGCCGCACGACGCAUGAGCUCUAGGAAUCAUCGAUGUGAGACACGUUGGACGUGUGGACUUUACACAGAAGUGGGGGGUAAAAAUGACUCAGUUGAUCCAAAUGCUUCAAAUGAUUUGGCUCCUCUUGCUCGACGUUUUACAGAGAAUGUCACCAUCGAUAGGUCCAAACCGACGGGCGUUCGACCACGUCCAACGGCAAUAUACCUUGAAGAUAAGUCGUGUCUGAUGUUUCCAGGCUUUCAGAAGACUUCUGCAGCUCCCGAAGUUCCAGCAGGCAUCUGUCGACGGAUCAGUUCUAUCUAUGAGCAAAAGAAGGUGAUGAACGAGACUGGAUUGAAGAACUGGAUGCUCCGUGGAAGUCUCGUGAGUCCCGAUCAGCUGAAUUCGACCAGUAGCGGAAGCACACAUUUGAGUCGGGGGAGCUCGCACGCUUCCACAGGCUCCAGCACCUCGACAACCCUGGGACCGAACUGA